CCACCACCCGUGGUCAUCACCUUCCCAGGCCCCAUCCUCACCUCCUGCCCCCAGGAGAGCUUCGUGGGCACCUCAUUCCCAACACCCAUUGGGGGGUCUUCAGGGUCACUGGGCCCUGCUGAAUCCGGGGGCUCCUUUG